AAGCUCCUUGCCCCUAGUUAAGGAGCAGUGACAUUUAUACAGUCCUAAAAUUGCAUUUGGUUUGAAGGCAACUGCUAGGCUGAUGUGUUCCCUGGUGAAAAUGAGUUUGACACUCCUGGCUAAGAAUGACAUACGGGUUCUGCCAGCUUUGUUAACUCUGCUCAAUGAUGCUGAUUGCUUAGAGGAGUCCUACUUUGAUGUGUAGACAAUCACCUGAGGAACAGAUUCUGAUUCAGUAGGUCUGGAUUGGAGCCUGAGAUUCUGUAAUUUUUUUCAAGCUCCCAGGUGAUGUUGAUGUUAUUUGUCAAUGGACCACAUUUUGAAGGCCGAGACGUUGAGUACUGACUGAGAAGGAUUUUGAAGAUCUAUCUAACUUGGCAGGAAUGAGUGCUGUGAUUGAUUGGUGCUUAUAAAAUAUGGGGUUAUUAGCACUAGUAUUUUGAUUGAGGAUCUCCUUAACUGGAAUAACUUAUACAUUGCUGGACGACUCCAAAAACCGGCCUCUCUGGCAGUGUCCCAGGAGUUCACUGGCUUUUCACUCUGAACAACAAAUAACAGUGCUGCUGAGAAAAGUUUCUAGUUCACCUUACACUGGAGAACCAGAUCAGCACAGUAGCAGACUCUUCUGAAUUGACAUUUUUCCUUUGAGUGAAAAUCAUAGCAAUGAAUGAGAAUGUCAUUCUCAGAUCAGCCCUCGAUAAAAAUCUGAGAAGUGCUGUGACUGCUGCUUUCCUCAUGCUCCCCGAAAGCUUUUCUGAAGAAGACCUCUUUAUAGAGAUUGCCAGACUCUCCUAUUCAGGUGACUUUCGGAUGGUGGUCGGAGAGGAUAAAACAAAAGUAUUGAAUAUUGUAAAGCCCAACAUAGCCCAUUUUCGUGAGCUCUAUGGCAACAUUCUACAGGAGAAUCCACAAGUGGUGUAUAAAAUCCAGCAAGGCAGACUGGAGAUAGAUAAAAGCCCAGAAGGACAAUUCACUCAGCUAAUGACAUUGCCCAAAACCUUACAGCAACAAAUAAAUCAUAUUAUGGACCCUCCUGGAAAAAACAGAGAUGUGGAGGAAACUUUAUUACAACUUGCUCACGAUCCUGACUGUGGAGAGGUGGUGCGACUAGGGCUUUCAGCAAUCGUGAGACCUUCUAGUCUGAGACAGAGCACCAAAGGCAUUUUCACUGCUGGCAUGAAGAAAUCAUUGCAUUAUAGUUCACUGAAACUGCAUAAAAUGUGGAAAGGAUGGCUGUGGAAAACGUCCUAAUUUUGCUUGCUUUUAUACAUGUAUAGAUGAAUAAAGUGUUCCCUUUUGACAAAACAGU